CUGGGUAGUUCUAUUUUUAAUUUCCUCUUCAAGUUAUUCUGAUUUGAGCGUGCCUUCUAUUCCUGAAGGGACCCUGGCUGAUGGCGGGGAAUGCCCUUUCCUGUGCUCUUUCAGUCAUUUCUUGAAGUCGGGGUCUGUGCUCAUUCAUCACUAUGUCCCCACACUUGGCACCGUGCUUGGGAUGUGGUUCUAAUAGCUAACUAAGAUUAUUGAGCACCUAUAAUGUGCCAACAUUGUUACCUGUAUUAACUCAAAUAAUCCUCACAAGAAUCCCACAAUUAUCACCUUCAUUUUACUGUUGAGGAAAGUAAGAUCCAGAGAGGCUGAGUACCUAGCCCAAGGUCACAUGUCUUGUCAGCAUGUAGCAGAGCUGGGGUUUGAACCCAGCCGGUGUGACUCCUGAGCCAACAGGAUGACUCUCAACCCCGCCAGCGGGUUGCCUUCUGGUUGUCGUUUGGGUGUAAGGCGGGUGAUGCCUAUUAGUCUUGGGAACCCAAAGAAUCUGUUUCUUUGCCCACUCAGAGGCCCAAUCGAGUAGAAUGGGCAGAAGGUGGAAUGUAGGUCACCAUGGCAACCGGAUCACCUGGUCACAUUACCUGCUGGGCCCUUGGGGCUGUGGUCCUACUGCAGCACAGAGAAGGGGGGGUUGGCAUGGGGCAAUGUUUGAGGCACCAGAUACACUGGGAGGACCUAGAAGAAUACCAGGCCCUGACCUUCCUGACCAGGAAUGAAAUCCUGUGCAUCCAUGACACCUUCCUGAAGCUCUGUCCCCCUGGGAAGCACUACAAGGAGGCGACACUGACCACAGACCAGGUCAGCUCCCUGCCGGCCCUGAGGGUCAACCCUUUUAGAGACCGAAUCUGCAAAGUGUUCUCCCACGAUGAUGUGUUCUCCUUUGAGGAUGUCCUGGGUAUGGCAUCUGUUUUCAGUGAGCAGGCUUGCCCCAGCCUGAAGAUCGAGUAUGCCUUUCGCAUCUACGACUUUAACGAGAACGGCUUCAUUGACGACGAGGACCUACGGAAGGUUGUCCUCCGACUGCUCAACAGCGACGACGUGUCGGAGGACCUGCUGACCGACGUCACGAACCACGAUCUUAACUCCCUUCCGGGGUCCCCAAGAGCAGGUGCCCGAGCCACCCACACUGCAGUCACCGCAGGCAGGUGGCCCAACGGAGGCUUAGCAUCAGAUGGACACAUCACAACGUCCCCUGGCCCACAUUAUCCCAGCACAACACAAUGCCCGGAUGUCCUACAGUGACAGCCCCAGGGUGACAGGCCGUGAAAACAGCCUCGUGAAUCUGUUUGUCCUAAGACCACGAGAACCUUCAAGUGCUUUUGGUCUAGGUCGAAACCAGAAGCAAAGAUAAAACCAGGAGGGGUCAUCACUGCCUCCUCGACCUGACUGGGCCCCUUGCCCUACAGAGCCCCUGCCUGUGUCUGGGUGACAGGUGGGGGUGGGGGAAGCCACCCUGUUCGCCUCCGUGCCCAUUUCUACUGCCACGUUUGUGUUAGAGGCACCAAGGGGACUCUUCCGCAAUGAGACCAGCCCAUGAGGUCCCAGGCUUCAGCGCACACAAGUUGAAUUUUCAUGCCCUUGUCUGGGGUGGGAAGGAACAAGGGUGGGGGGUGGGGAGAACACCUGUCUCGCAGGGGGUCCCGGGACUCGGAUAUGUGCCGGGCACUUAGCAGAGAACCUGGCCUGUGGCCGCACUUGGUGAGAGGCACCCCUCCCCCCUCUGCCUGUGUCUCCACGUCACUUUCUCACCCUGGGCCCCCCUCUGCUCUCUGGCUCCUCCUGUACCCCUGGCCAGGUCCUGAGUGAGUCGGAUCUGGACAAUGACAACAUGCUGUCUUUCUCAGAGUUUGAGCACGCGAUGGCCAAGUCUCCAGACUUCAUGAAGUAAGGUGUUCCAAAGUGGGAGGUGGCGGUACCCAGGGUGGGGCGGGGGCAGGAAGGGCCAAUGGGGAGCCUCCGUCUUCCCAAGGGGGUCAUGAGUGUCCAGGAUACUUGGCCAAUUCUUUCAGAAUUGGCAAAAGCGGGGCUUCUGAGAAGUUAGGUGCCCUAAAUUUCUAACCUUCAGAGAGAGGGAGUGGGGUUUUAACCAGCAAAGGCAAGGCUGCAUUCCCGGCUUUGCGAAUGACGUGGGUGGU